CCAUCUAUGUCCAGCCGACGUGAAACGAAUAUAUCGGGAGGGGUUUUCCACGCAAAGCACUUCCUUUACUUGUUUUGCUUUCGAUCUGGACACUGAAAUAGGCUAAUAGUUUUCAUUUUGGUACACAAAAUCACACACUACACGGGGAUAACUUUGCGACUGGCAAGAGGACUGUCGAUACCUCUAGUUGAAUAGAACACUUUAUCGCAGGCCACCAUGCCAGUGGAGAGGAUGCGCAUGCGGCCAUGGUUGGAGGAACAGAUCAACUCUUGCCUAAUUCCUGGGCUGAAAUGGGUUAAUAGAGAGAAGAGGAUCUUCCAGAUUCCAUGGAUGCAUGCUGCAAGACAUGGCUGGGAUUUGGAAAAAGAUGCUCCUUUAUUCAAGAACUGGGCCAUUCAUACAGGAAAAUACCAACUAGGGAUCGACAAACCAGACCCGAAAACAUGGAAGGCCAAUUUCCGCUGUGCAAUGAACUCUCUGCCUGAUAUUGAGGAGGUGAAAGACAAGAGCAUCAAGAAGGGAACUAACGCUUUCAGGGUAUACAAGAUGCUGUCUGCGUCAGAGCGCCAGACCAAGAAAGGAAAGAAAAAGAGGGAAAAAGAGGGAAAACACAAGGAACAGGUGGAGCCCAGGUCCUCAUCCACGGAGAGCAUGAAUGGGUCUGUUGAAGACCAUGAAGUGGUGAAGGUAGAGUUGAAGGAUGAAGUGAAAGAGGAGUACAUUACAGACUGCAAAGAAUAUCUUCAUCCGGGCAGUCGCAGCCCUGGGGAUGACCAGCUGAUCAUCGAUGACCUGCCAUAUGUGUGUCAGACCAUCGAGGUGACCACGGAGAAUGAGGAGCAGUCGGUCAGCUCCAGCCACCCGUAUCCACUCCAGAUCUCCCCUGUGUCCUCGUAUGGAGAGAGUGACACAGACAGUGUGCACAGUGAAGAGGACUCUAAGGGGGGACGAUUCACAGUCUGCACAGACGAGAAGAUUGGUGGUAUCACACAAUGUUGACAAGGCCCUUAAAGAAGGUGAGUGAUUUGUGGUAAAAAAAGACAACAAAUAUAAUGAACUGUGUGGAGUCAGCAGAUGCAGUCCCAGAAUACCUCAGGAACAGCUUGUGAAGACAGCAGCUGACUUUCACUUCCUGAUGGAAGAAAUAUGGGCUUCUUUCUCAAUUCAUCUUUCCUCGAUUUCUUGCAUCUUCUCUCCUCGCCUCUUUCUCAGAAAGAAAUGGAGAAGACACCCUGAAGAGACCUUGAAAUGGCUGGAUUGGUGUCCCUAUACCGGGACGGUUGAGCUAAUGUGCGCUAACGUGAUUAGCAUGACAGUUGUAAGUAACAGCAAACAUUCCAGGACAUAGACAUGUCUUAUAUGGGCAGAAAGCUUAAAUUCUUGUUAAUCUAAUAAUAAUAAUUCAUAAUAAUAAUAGUCAUUCAUAAUCUAAUUGCACUGUCCAAUUUACAGUAGCAAUUACAGUGAAAAAAUACCAUGCUAUUGUUUGAGGAGAGUGCACAGCAACAAAAAUGUAUCACGGCAACUGGUUUGAUAUAUUCACCUCUGAAGGUAAAUAAUGUACUUGCAUUCAGUAAUCUUGCUCUGAUCCUGAGGGUCCCAGAGAUAAAAUGUAGCAUAGUUUUGUUUGUUGAAAUACAUUUUUAUAUUCAAAUGUAGGAACUAGGUUCUACAGUUUGAACCCCUGCUGUUUCUGGCUCAACACCCACCCUUUCCGGCCAACUAGAUGUGUGAAAGUUUGUGUAUAAGCUAAUGAUCCAUCAUGUAUGACAUUCCUUGGAGUGUGUAAACUUACACCAUAUACUUUUUGUAUGUUCUCUAUAGUUAUGUACUUGAAAAUGUAUCAAUUGACCAAUUUGGCACAUUUGGGCAGACUUAAUGCAAAAUAUUGUCUAGUAUUGCAACGCUUCACUGGAUCAAUAUGAAACUUUGCACACACACUGCUGCCAUCUAGUAUCCAAAAUCUAAAUUGCACCUAAACUGCAAUAUUAUGUUAAGGCUUUUCUAUUGCAUUUCAAAGAUAAACAUGAUUUUGGUUUGGAUUAUUAUUUUACCUGUUCUAAUGUGUUAUAUUCUCCUACAUUCAUUUCACAUUUCCACAAACUUCUAAGUGUUUCCUUUCAAAUGGUAUCAAGAAUAUGCAUAUCCUUGCUUCAAGUCUUGAGCUACAGGCAGUUAGAUUUGGUUAUGUUGUUUUAGGCAAAAAUUAUUUAAAAAAGGGUACGAUUCUUAACUUGACUUUCGAAGACUUUAGAAAAGGCAGGGUAGGAUAGCUAUAGGUUUGUAACAGUUUGGUUCUAGAGCAGGGGUGUCAAACUCAUUCCACGGAGGGCCUAGUGUCUGCAGGUUUUUGGUUUUUCCUUUCAAUAAAGCCCUAGACAACCAGGUGUGGGGAGUUCCUAACUAAUUGGUGAUGUUAAUUCAUCAAUCAAGUACAAGGGAGGAGCGAAAACCCGCAGACACUCGGCCCUCCGUGGAAUGAGUUUGACACCUGUGUUCUAGAGUGUCUCCCCCUUUGAAGAGGGGGAUGACUGCGGCAGCUUUCCAAUCUUUAGGGAUCUCAGACUAUACGAAAGAGAGGUUGAACAGGCUAGUAAUAGGGGUUGCAACAACUUCGGUGGAUAAUUUUAGAGAGGGUCCAGAUUGUCUAGCCCAGCUGAUUUGUAGGGGUCCAGAUUUUGCAGCUCUUUCAGAACAUCAGCCGUCUGGAUUUGGGUGAAGGAGAAGCGGGGGUGGGGGCUUGGGCAAGUUGCUGUGGGGGUUGCAGAGCUGUUGGCCGGAGUAGCCAGGAGGAAAGCAUGGCCAGCCGUAGAAAAUAUGCUUAUUGAAAUUCUCAAUUAUCGUGAAUUUAUCGGUGGUGACAGUGUUUCCUAGUCUCAGUGCAGUGGCAGCUGGACUCCAUGGACUCCCAGAACUUUUGGGAAUUUGUGCUACAGGAUGCAAAUUUCUGUUUAAAAAAGCUAGCCUUUGCAUUCCUAACUGACUGUGUAUAUUUGUUCCUAACUUUCCUGAAAAGUUGCAUAUCACGGGGGCUAUUUGAUGCUAAUGCAGUACGCUACAGGAUGUUUUUGUGCUGGUCAAAGGCAGUGAAGUCUGGAGUGAACCAAGGGCUAUAUCUGUUCUUAGUUCUAUAUAUUUUUUUAAUGGGGCAUGCUUAUUUAAGAUGGUGAGGAAAGCACUUUUAAAGAAUAACCAGGCAUCCACUACUGACGGAAUGAGGUCAAUAUCCUUCCAGGAUACCCGGGCCAGGUCGAUUAGAAAGGCCUGCUCGCUGAAGUGUUUUAGGGAGCGUUUGACAGUGAUGAGGGGUGGUCGUUUGACCGCGGACCCAUUACGGACGCAUGCAAUGAUCAAGGAGAUCCUGGUUGAAGACAGCAGAGGUGUAUUUAGAGGGCAGGUUGUGACAUAAGAUUUAAUCACACAAUUGUUCUCACUCGCCCCUAUCGGUCAUCUCUCCCAAUCUGUAGCUCAAAUGAGCAUGCUUCAUAUAUUUUGAUGUGUUUCAAAACAUCACAUUCUCUGUCACAGUCUGGAAGGAGGGAAAGGGCACUGCGUGUCUCAAACCUCUUAACAAACAGAUCACCGUCCAUUUCGAAUCCCACCGUUCCUUCUCCGCUAUGCAAUCAAGGUCCUAAAUGAUAUCAUAACCGCCAUCGAUUAAAGACAAUACUGUGCAGACGUCUUCAUCGACCUGUCAAUCACCACAUUCUUAUCGGCAGACUCAACAGCCUUGGUUUCUCAAAUGACUGCCUCGCCUGGUUCACCAACUACUUCUCAGAUAGAGUUCAGUGUGUCAAAUCGGAGGGCCUGUUGUCCGGAUCUUUGGCGGUCUCUAUGGGGGUGCCACAGGGUUCAGUUCUCUGGCCGACUCUUUUUUUCUGUAUAAAUCAAUGAUGUCGCUCUUGCUGCUUGUGAUUCUCUGAUCCACCUCUACGCAGACGACACCAUUCUGUAUACUUCUGGCCCUUCUUUGUAUACUGUGUUAACAAACCUCCAGACGAUCUUCAAUGCCAUACAACACUCCUUCCGUGGCCUCCAACUGCUCUUAAAUGCAAGUAAAACUAAAUGCAUGCUUUUCAACCGCUCGCUGCACGCACCCGCCCGCCUGACUAGCAUCACUCCUCUGGACGGUUCUGACUUAGAAUAUGUGGACAAAUACCUAGGUGUCUGGUUAGACUGUUAACUCUCCUUCCAGACUCACAUUAAGCAUUUCCAGUCCAAAAUUAUAUCUAGAAUCGGCUUCCUAUUUCGUAACAAAGCCUCCUUCACUCAUGCUGCUAAACAUACCCUCGUAAAACUGACUAUCCUACUGAUCCUUUGGCGAUGUCAUUUACAAAAUAUCCUCCAACACUCUACUCAGCAAACUGGAUGUAGUCUAUCACAGUGCCAUCCGUUUUGUCACCAAAGCCCCAUAUCCUACCCACCACUGCAACCUGUAUGCUCUCGUUGGCUGGCCCUCGCUUCAUAUUUGUCGCCAAACCCACUGGCUCCAGGUCAUCUAUAAGUCUUUGCUAGGUAAAGCCCCGCCUUAUCUCGGCUCACUGAUCACCAUAGCAACACCCAGCCGUAGCACGCGCUACAGCAGGUAUGGUCUGGUCAUCCCCAAAGCCAACUCCUUUGGCCGCCUUUCUUUCCAGUUCUCUGCUGCCAAUGACUGGAACGGAUUUCAAAAAUCACUGAAGCUGGAGUCUUAUAUCUCUCUCCCUCACUAACUUUAAGCAUCAGCUGUCAGAGCAGCUUACCGAUCAUUGCACCUGUACACAGCUCAUCUGUAAAAUAGCCCACCCAACUACCUCAUCCCCAUACUGUUAAUAAUUUUUUUGCUCCUUUGCACCCCAGUACUUGCACUUCUCUACUUGCACAUUCAUCUUCGGCACAUCUAUCACUCCAGUGUUAAUUGUUAAAUUGUAAUUAUUUUGCCCCUAUGGCCUAUUUAUUGCCUUACCUCCCUAAUCUUACUACAUUUGCACACACUGUACAUAUAUUUUUCUAUUGUGUUAUUGACUGUAUGUUUAUUCCAUGUGUAAGUCUGUGUUGUUUUUGUCAAACUGCUUUGCUUUAUCUUGGCCAGGUCACAGUUGUAAAUGAGAACUUGUUCUCAACUGGCUUACCUGGUUAAAUAAAGAUGAAAAAUUAAAAUAAAUAAACCACGAA